UUGUGGGGCGCUAGUGGGGUCGGGGACGAGGCGGCUGCCCGGCAGGCAUGGGCUGGUCCAGGGGUGUGUUCCGCGCCUUGUGGAGUGCGCUGUCAAAGGAAGUACGGGAGCACGUGGGCACAGACCAGUUCGGGAACAAAUACUACUAUGUCCCGCAGUACAAGAACUGGAGAGGACAAAUAAUUCGAGAGAAGAGAAUUGUGGAAGCCGCAAAUACAAAAGUGGUAGACUAUGAAGUAGGCACUAUCCCGACGGAAUGGGAAGCUUGGAUUAGAAGAACCAGAAAGACUCCCCCCACCAUGGAGGAAAUAUUGAAAAAUGAAAAAUAUAGAGAAGAAAUGAAAAUCAAAAACCAAGAUUUUUAUGAACAAGAAAGACUCGCUAGUGAAGCGACUAGUGAGGAACUCCUGGCCCCACCUGUUCAAACUCAGAUUAAAGGGCAUGCCUCUGCUCCCUUCUUCGGGAAGGAAGAGCCCUCCGUGGCUCCCACCAGCACCGGCAAAACCUUCCAGCCAGGAUCCUGGAUGCCACAUGACGGCAAGAGCCGCCACCAGUGAAUGCAUAUGGUAAAUUCAUUUCAUUUCUACAGAUGUGAUUAUUUUAACAAAUAAAAACCCUGAAAAGUUAA